CUAGCAGCGCAGCAGCAGCAGCAGCAGCUAGUAGUCCUGGGACAGUUGUAGUCCAAGUAGCUUUCCAGAGAGUUGUGAUGGUUUUAAAUCUUUCACUAUGUCUGAAAUGCUGCUGAAAGAUAUGGAAGAGAUUUCUCUCGGGCCUGUUAAAAUGGACGAGCAGAAGGAAAAUGGACGGAGUUUUCUCCUGGUGGACGAAAACGAAAGCUUGCAGGUGAAGAACGAAGCAGAGUUUUUGCAGAAGUUGGGCUGCAGUGCUGCUCAGGGAGUCAAAGUGCUUUCUAUCUUCGGUAAUACGGGCGACGGCAAGUCCCACACUCUCAAUCACGUGCUUUUCAGUGGUGAAGAGGUGUUCGUCACGUCUCCUUCUCCGUCCUCAUGCACGGUGGGCGUAUGGGCCGCUUACGAGCCGCACCUGAACCUGAUCGUGCUGGACACGGAGGGCCUGCUCGGGGCCGCCAGUCAGCAGAACCGCCGGAUGCGCCUGCUGCUGAAGGUUCUGGCCGUAUCAGACGUGGCCAUCUACCGCACGCGGGCUGAGAGGCUGCACAACGACAUGUUCCAGUUCCUCGGCAGCGCGUCGGCCGCUUACCUGAAGCACUUCACACCUGAGCUCCGCGCUCUGUCUAGCCGCUGUGGGCUAGACGUGCCUCUCUCCAGCCUGGGACCUGCUGUUAUAGUUUUCCAGGAGACUCUUCGCACUCAGCUGCUAGGCCAGGAUGGCUCUGUCCUGGGGCAAGCAGACACACUUCUGCAAAAGCGCUUCCAUGACUUGGGCCAGAGCACAGACGCCUUCAGCUCUGUUCAGUACGUCGGCACCCAAACCAUCACUCCCCCCACAGACUACUCACAGUUACUGCAGAUUGUCAAUCAGCAGGUGAACAACACAUCCCAGCGAGCCCCGCGCCAGCCUGCCAUUGUGUUCAGUGCAUUGCAGGCCUUGAGCAACAGAUUCUGUGGCGAGAUCUCAGAUGACAAAAUCAGCAUAUGCUCCUUUUUUCCUGAUGAAUAUUUCACUUGCCCAUCAGUCUGUCUCAGCUGCAAUGUUCGGUGUAAGAAUGGCAUGAACCACCAGAAAGACGGGGUCUCACACAUGGCCGAUGGAUUAUGUCAGUAUGCCCACCAAUACAACAAUAAAGUUCUCAUUUGUAAGAGGUGCUAUGAGAGCGGAAGAGAAGUGAUGGUCAUACCGAAAACAUCUGCCUCCACAGAUAACCAAUGGUUUGGUUUGGCCAAGUAUGCAUGGUCAGGCUAUGUUUUAGAGUGUGCCAGCUGUGGCAUCAUCUACCGCAGUAGACAGUACUGGAUGGGCAACCAGGAUCCAGAGAGCAGUGUGGUGCGGCCAGAGGUCAAGCAUGUCUGGCAGGGGACCGAUGCCUUCCAGACAGACCAUCAGAAUGCAGCUCAGCGGGUCUUGGAUGGAAUGAAUUACAUAAUCCAAUCAGUGACAGAAUACAGCUCAGGCCCAACUAAAGUCGUCACUGCCUGGCUCACAGACCAGGUGGCUCCACCCUACUGGAAACCCAACUCUGAAAUCAUUGAAUGUCGUGGUUGUAAAAGAGCGUUUGAGGAGGCGGAGAGGAAACACCACUGUCGGGCAUGUGGGGAGGGUUUCUGUCAGGCCUGCUCCACUCACAGCAUGCCAGUGCCCGAGAGGGGCUGGGGUGGCAACCCUGUACGAGUGUGUGAUGCCUGUUACCGGCAGGGAGCACCCCAGCACACUGGACAGGUGGCCGUUACAGAACCCCGGACACUCGUCGCCCGCAGAGUGACAGAAGUAGCUCAGUCCACUCUGGAUAUGGUCUCCACCGCAGUGGACUAUCCCCUAUGUUUCGUAAAGGGAGUUGCAAGACCAGACUAUUGGAUCCCAGACCAUGAGAUCACCCAGUGCCACAGCUGUACUAAACCCUUCACCCCCAGCAUGUCCAAGCACCACUGCCGGGCAUGCGGUCAGGGAGUGUGUGGGAACUGCUCGAUGAAGACCAGGCCAGUGCCCUCUCGUGGCUGGGACCACCCUGUGCGAGUGUGUGAUGGCUGUGCUGACAGCAGGGAUUCCCUGUGACCUUGCUGUGCCUCUGUAGUCCCGCUCCAAUACAGCUUGGUGCUCAGAUGCAGGUUGUAGGCAGUUUUCAUCCUUAGCCAGUGUAAUCGGGGCUGGGAGGAAGAUGAAACCCACUGCAGUUGCAUAGACAAACACUCAGGCUCUUCAAAGCAUUAGAGAGUGAUGAUAUCUGGGUUAUAUUUCAUCUCAAAAUCAAAAGAGAAUAAUGCUAAAUGAUAUGUUGCAUAAUUAAAAUAAUUUGUAUGUAUAUAUAUAUAUAUAUAUAUAUAUAUAUAUAUAU